AUGCACACAGGACAGCCAGGUUUACAGGGUUUCCUCCCUACAGACUUUACUCUUUUGGCUGCCAUCACCCGUUCUCCUCUUUCUUGGAUUUCUUGCUUCUGGUACCUGAAGGGUGAGAGGCCAUUAAGCCUUUGUCACAUCCUGAUAGAGGCCACAGCCCAGGUGUCCUGCCUGUCCUUCAGCAUGAACAAGGGCCCUCAGCCCAACAGAGAGUCUUCAUCCAGAGUGCGACUGGUGGGAGGUCGCCAUCGCUGUGAAGGGCGGGUGGAAGUGGAACGGGACGGCCAGUGGGGCACCGUGUGUGAUGACGGCUGGGACAUGAAAGAUGUGGAAGUGGUGUGCCGGGAGCUGGGCUGUGGAGCAGCCACAGGGGCACCCAGUGGUAUUUUAUAUAAGCCAUUGGCAGAAAAAGAUCAAAAAGUCCUCAUCCAAGUGGUCAGCUGCAGUGGGAUGGAAAGUAAACUGAUUGAUUGUGAGCAAGAGGAAGAUGUUUUUGAUUGCUCCCACAAUGAGGAUGCAGGGGCAAAGUGUGAAAUUCCAGAGACUGUGCGGCUGGUUGGUGGCCCUGAUCACUGCAAAGGGCGAGUGGAGGUGAAGCACCAAGAACAAUGGGGCACCGUGUGCAAAGCAGGCUGGAAUCUCUCAGCCGCGAAGGUGGUGUGCCGGCAGCUGGGGUGUGGGAGGGCCAUACUGACCCAAAGAUGCUGCAACAAGGAUACCCAGGGCCAAGGGCCCAUCUGGCUGAGUGAGGUGUCAUGCUCAGGACAAGAAGAAAGUCUUCAGGAUUGCCCUUCUGGGCUCUGGGGGAAGAAUAACUGCACCCAUGAUGAGGACACAUGGGUCGAAUGCGAAGAUCCCUUUGACUUGAGGCUGGUAGGAGGAGACACCCGCUGCUCUGGGAGACUGGAGGUGCUGCACAAGGGCGAAUGGGGCUCUGUCUGUGAUGAUGGCUGGGGAGAAAAGGAGGAACAGGUGGUGUGCAAGCAACUGGGCUGUGGGGAGUCAAUCUUUCUAUCUGCCAAAGCCCGGAGAAACUUUGGCCUUGGAGCUGGCCGCAUCUGGCUAGAUGAUGUUCAUUGCUCAGGGAAGGAGCAGUCCCUGGAGCAGUGUCGGCACAGGUUCUGGGGGCAUCACAACUGCAACCACAAGGAAGAUGUGGCCAUGACCUGCUUAGGUGAUCACAACAAUUAA